AUGUUGUCGAAGAAAAUAAGAAAAAUUUUAAAGUUGACGGUCAUAAAUUUUCAGUAUCAAACCAAAGAAUUCUUUCAUAACUCGACACUUCACGGUGUCCGUUAUAUUGUUGAAAGUGGUCGUUCAUUUUACGAAAAGUUGGUGUGGUUUUGUUUCGUGACAAUUGGAGCCGUGGCAGCUUUUGUCACCAUCGGAAGUUUAUGGGAAAAGUUUCAAACAAGUCCAACUAUAACUGGUCCCGACACUGAAUUUCAUUACGAAGUUUUGGAUUAUCCUACUGUCGUUGUUUGUCCUGAGUCUCCAAUCAACCCUUUCUUAACAGAAAAUAAUUUUUACAAUCAGAAUUUACAGCAAUACGAAGAAUUCAUUCCGAUAUUUGAGAUGCUUCCAGCACUUUCUUUUGACAAUAUCAAUGAAUUUCAUAAAAUUUAUGAAAACAUCACAAGCAAAGUAGAAGAUGAAAAGAUGAAAAAGUUUUCAUCAUUCGUUAAAACAAUUGGCCUGCGGCAGUUAAUCUUCAAUAUCGCUAUGAAGUGUGAACAGUUGUUUGUUGAUGAAGAUGAUAUGGUUUGUGAAUAUUUAGGAAUGGAAUAUCGUUGUUGUGAUAUCUUUAAGCCUGUGUAUACAGAACGUGGCUUUUGUUAUGCCUUCAAUUCAAAAUACAUUUCGGAAGUUGACAAAGAAGUGAAAAAUGAAGACAUAAAGACGUUUACUAAAGCAGCCUUUGACAGAACUUUGAGAUUUAUACCAAAACAUGAAUCAAAAGUUUACAUCUUUUCACCCAAGGAAGUGCUAAGCUUUGAAACGUCUGAACAAUUGACGUGGUACAAAAAUUAUUCCAUAGCAAUGACCACAGAGAUAAAAGAAACUUAUACAGAACAAGACGUGAAACUUCUUUCUGUCAAUCAAAGGAAAUGUACAUUUGACGACGAAAUCGCUUUGCUCUACCAUCAAAACGACAUUUUCUCACCUUCAGUAUGUACAAAGAAAUGUCGAAUGUUAAAAGCAAAUAAACUUUGCAAAUGCAUUCCACCUUUUUACAAACCUUCUGACAACAUUUAUCAGCCAUGUAAACUAGAAAAAGACAUUGAAUGCUUACAAAGGAAUUCAAAUAACAUCAGUAACAUUUACGAUUGUCGUGAUUGUCUUUUAAAUUGCAAUAAUGUCAUUUUUGAGAGUAUCAAGAUAGGUUGGUCGUUUAACACAGCAGACAAAAUUAAAAAUCGUCAAGGUUAUGUACAAGUCGAAGUACUUUCAUGGCCAGUUGUACGUUACAAACACGAGGUGCUGUUUGGAUUGGUUGAUCUUCUCGUGUCGUUUGGUGGAAUUGCUGGAUUAUUUCUAGGAUUUUCUCUCUUAUCAUUGGUGGAGAUUGUUUAUUAUUUUACUUUAAGGGUGAUAUGCAUGUUCAUAAUAAAUAAGGAAAAGCUUCAUGAAUUACAUAAGGAAAAAGUUUCUCGCCCAAAACCCAAAAUUGACUUUAGCCUUAAGGUUCGUCGAAGGAAGAUUUCAUCCAACAUUCAAAAAUUGAAACCUGUUGAUUACUUAAAUGUGCCUGACGUCGUAAAAACCAAAAGUUCUGAUAGUCUUGUGAAGACUAUGAAGAGAAAAAUCAAUAGAUUUGAUGUUCCCAAUAGAUUUCAAAUGGAUACAAAGCGUGGUGGCGGCAUUAAGACGAGCCUAAAAUAUCAAACGAAGGAAUUUUUCAACAAUUCAACUCUGCAUGGAGUGCGCUACAUUGCUGAAAAGGGUCGCUCGCUGGGAGAAAAGUUUAUGUGGUUUUCUUUUGUAUCUAUCGGUGCUGUGGCAGCUUUUGUAAUUAUUGGAAGUUUAUGGGAGAAAUUUCAAACGAAUCCAACCAUAACAGGUUUGGAUACCGAUUUUCACAAUCAACAAGUUAUUUUUCCAACAGUUACAAUAUGUCCAAUGGCCUCUCAUGAUUCGGAAGCUGUUAAUGAAACUGCUUCAGAAAUUAUCGAUGCUGACGAUGAAACUUUCGGAGAGUUUAUUCCAGUGCUUGAAGCAUUACCACGAUUGACGUUUGAUACUUUUGCGAAAACAUAUGAAGCUGUAUUUAACAUGUCAGAUGAAGUCGACUUAACUAAGAUAAGCUUAAGGCAAUUAGCAUUCAAGGUGCCUGUUAAAUGCGAAGAUCUUCUCGAGAUUUGUAAAUACAAGGACGAAGAGAUUUCAUGUUGCGAAUAUUUCUUGCCGAUCUAUUCCGAGCAUGGAUUUUGUUACUCGUUUAAUACACGCUAUUAUGGUACAUCAAUGGAAGAGGCUAAGAACGAGAAAAUUAACGAUUUAUUCGAGACUGACAAGAAGUGGUCGUUAACAUUCGUACCAUCAAGGGCUGUAAAAGUUUUUGUUCAUUCUGUCGAUGAAGUAACUGGCUACGAUUUUCGUCCAUUAUUCACUUGGACAGAUGGACAUGCAAUCGACCUUCUCAUUACUCUGAAGCAAACAUACACAACAGAUGAUGCUAGACAACUAUCAGUCGAACAAAGGAAAUGCAUCUUUCCAGAUGAAAUGAAGUUGAAAUAUUAUCGUGAAGGAAUUUAUUCAUUCUCAACAUGCAUGAGAGAUUGUCGCUUGAAGAAAACUAACAAGCUUUGUAAAUGUAUUCCGCCAUUUUAUAUGCCAUCAAGUGAAAGUUAUCGUCAAUGUGGACUUGAAGAUUUCAUCUGUCUCAUGAAAUAUCGGGGAAAUAUAACUGACAUCAGAAGCUGUCGUCAUUGCGCAUUGAGCUGUCUUAAUACCGUUUACGAUAUUGAAAAAUUUUCAAGAACAGUUGUUCCUGAAACAAACAAACGCGAGGAUUUUCGUGUCAAUGUUGAAUUUUUGACAUGGCCCAUCAUCCGUUAUAAGCGUGAGGUGCUUUUUGGAUGGGUUGAUCUUCUUGUGUCGUUUGGUGGAAUUGCUGGGCUUUUCUUAGGCUUUUCAUUGCUGUCGGGAGUUGAAAUUGCUUAUUAUUUUACAAUGCGAGCUGGCUGUAUGAUAUAUCGGAACAGAGAUGAACUUUAUGCAGCACAAGAAGAAGAAAAAUCACGUUCAAAAGCACAGUACGAUCUCGGUCUGGCGCCGAAGCUGAGAGAUUCGAAUCAUCGGAGAAGUCUUUCAAUGUCUGAUGUUCAUACUGUGCGACCUGUUGAAUCACCGGGGAGUACAAAGGCAAUUCAAGUGAAAGCGUUCGAUAGUCCCAAAGUGCCGAUUAAGAAUAUCACCGUCGGUAAAAUUAGCGUAAUUACUAAAGCAGAUGAAUUGAUCAUUUCAAAUCAAUUGCAAAGAUUUGAUGUGAGAAACAACGGACGAAAAAAGACGUUCAUCAUUCCAGUACGACAAGAUUUAUUUCGUCCCAUUCAAGUGUCACCAUACUCACAACGCAUCAAACCGCUGGACAAGAAAUUUCACUCUCGUUCACAAUCAGAAGGACCUGAAAUUAUGUACGAAGGAUAUUUGCCAUAA